GAAUCCACCAGUUCCAAACUUCACUAAGACCAAAACAAAGAAAUGAUUUUCUUCCGACCCUUAGAAUCAAUCAAACAACAAUCUCUUCAAUGAUAAAAUCCAGUUAAUUUCAUGUUAACAUUGUUUUUAGAACUUUGAUUACUUGGAGAGUAAAGUUGCCAGAUGACAAUGUGGAUUGCAGCAGCAGCAACACCUUCAGCGAGUUCAAGGUUCCUUUUGUUUCAAAUUCAAUGCUCUGAUUCAAACGCUAAACGAGGUUUUGGUUCCAAAAAACCCAACCAAAAGGCAAACAAGGUCAGUGCGUCAAGGGAGGAGAAGGGUAUGAAGUCACAACAAAGGAAAUCAACUAGUAAACAAUCUGGUCCUUCACCUGCACAGGCACCAGGCUUAAGUGCUCAAUUUGAUGGAAAAUCUAACAGUAGUUCCUCGGACAUUGACUUUGAGGAACGGCUGGAAGCAAUUAGAAGGGCAGCAGUUCAACAGAAAAAGGCAGAGGAACAAAAAGAAUUUGGACCAAUUGACUAUGAUGCACCUGCCGAAUCACAUAAGAAAACAAUUGGGCUUGGUACACAGAUUGGAGUAGGAGUAGCUGUUGCGGUCUUUGGUUUGGUUUUUGCUCUUGGAGACUUUCUUCCCUCAGGAAGUACUAAUCCUCCUGAGGAAGCUGCAGUGAUUGACAAGAAACUGUCUAAUGAAGAGAAAGCUACUCUUCAGGCUAGGCUGAAGCAGUUUGAGGCAACGCUAAGUAUCUCUCGAAAAGAUCCAACUGCACUUGAAGGAGCAGCAGUUACAUUGACAGAAUUAGGGGACUAUGCUCGGGCAGCCUCUCUACUUCAAGACUUGGCAAAGGAGAAAACAAGUGACCCUGAUGUUUUUCGUUUGCUUGGAGAAGUAAAAUAUGAACUUAAGGAUUAUGAUGGUAGUGCUGCUGCAUAUAAACUUUCUGCAAUGGUGUCAAAAGAUGUCAAUUUUGAGGUUUUGCGGGGCCUUACAAAUGCAUUGCUUGCUGCAAAAAGACCAGAUGAGGCUGUUCAAUUCCUUCUGUCCUCUCGUGAACUCAUGAAUUCAGAAAGAUUAAAUCGUCCUAAUCUCAAGGCUGACAGCAAUAAAAUGGAAACAGAAUCACAGAAGGUGGAUCCUAUUCAGGUUGAUUUGCUUCUUGGGAAAGCAUAUUCAGACUGGGGCCAUGUUAGUGAUGCAGUAGCUGUUUAUGACCAGCUCAUUUCUAGCCACCCAAAUGACUUCCGAGGAUACUUAGUAAAGGGAAUUAUUUUGAAAGAAAAUGGCAAUGUUGGAGAUGCAGAGAGGAUGUUUAUUCAAGCUCGAUUUUUUGCCCCAGAGAAAGCUAAAGCACUUGUUGAUCGCUAUUCAAGAUAAUGAAAGUUGUGACUGCUGGUUUCUGUUUACAAGCCGCUUUGAUGUGUCAUGUUACACUGGCAGAACAAUAGAAUUCCUGCCAAAUCCCAUUUAUACAUGGGAAUCUGCACAUCUGAAAGAACAAAUAUUGCACACAGACACACGAUGUGCUUAAGUAGGUUUGUUGAGAAGUAAUUAAAGUUACAUUUUUUUUGUUGUUUUUUUUUUCUUCUUUUCUUGGCCAAAAGUUACUGUAUUACUUAAGUUUGAUAGACUAUUUACCAUGAAAAGUUACUGUAUUGAGGGUCAUGUAUAAUUGAGAUAAAUUAGAAAUAGAGAAGCUUAUGGAUGUGGUGUUUA